GCGGAGUGUCGAAUCGAUGGGCGGUUCUCCUGGGGGAGAGCUGCCGACUGCUAGUCGGGGAUGUGCACAGAGGAGGGGACAGAUGCUGGCGGUCUGGCCCAGGAGAUGGACUGGUGCACCAGUGCUGCUGUAGCAAGGUAGCUGCAGUGUACUGGGAACUGGGGCUGCCGUUGGACAGGCAUAGGAGUGCUGACUUGGGCUCAUUAGUUCUCCUUUCCUCUCUCCCGUUUUCUUUCUCCCUCUCUCUUUUUCUCUCUCUCUCUCUCUCUGUCUCUCUCUCUCUCUCUGAAAAGGCUCAAAUAGGUGAAAUCGAAAAAUGCCCUUUUCAUCUUUUUCCUUCUGAUUCCGGGAACUAAAUAUUGGACACUCCGAGGAUGCCGAGGAUUUGCAGACUGUGGCAGAAGAUGACUUUUCUCGCCGUGGGAUAGCAUGUGCGGAAGGGUCUCUACCUGUUUGCAGGUGAUAAGUGGGGCACUGGGAUGAAAACGUCCACGGACCGAGCGAUCGACACGUACCUUUGAGAUGUGAGAAUUCUGGAUGUGUGAUAUCUGCAGUGGUAAUGGUCGGGCUGCAAGCCACACACUCAGGCUCCAACAGAUGAAAAGCAGAGAAUCUCCUGUCUGCAGUCUGGGGCUGAGUGGAACUGUCAUUUGCAACUUUUUUUGAUUAUUCCAUCAUUUUAUUAAUUAGACUCUUUGUAUUUUCUCGGGCACCUUAUCAGCAAUUCAUAGACAUAUCAUAACUGGCUUUUAAUUUUUGGACUUUAAAUCGACCUUCUGCCAUGGUUCCCUAAGGAGUCUCCUGUUCUACCUGAGCUCAGAAUCACCGCCUGAUCUGCGUCGGCUCAGUCCUUCCUUUGAAAGGAUAAACUUCAGUUCAGGAAAUGGCCUUCCUUGUCCGUUGCUAUGCCAACUGCUUGCAGCCAUGGUCCCCCAAACUGCCCGGAGAUCUCAACAAAAUGUACCUCACUGACCAUCCCCACCAGCGUAUGAUGCAUGUCCCAGCCAGCCAAUCAGGAUGCAGCAUUGGCAGCGACUCUGGGAGUAGUAGCCUAUCAGACAUCUACCAGGCGGCAGAGGGUGAGAUGAGUAAUGUGGACUUGUGCGGUCUCCCAGAGACAGCUGUUGACUCAGAAGAAGAGGAGGAGGAUGAUGAAGAUAUUGAGAGAGCUGCAGACUCGUUGCUAGGCAGGGAUAUGGUUCGAGAGUGCCUUGAGAAGAAUCCAGCAGAUCGCAGUGACCAGGACAUAGAGCAACUGCUGGAGUUCAUGCACCAGCUGCCUGCAUUCGCCAACAUGACCAUGUCUGUCAGGAGGGACCUCUGCGCUGUCAUGGUGUUUGAGGUGGUGGAACAGGCCGGAACAGUUAUCCUGCGGGAUGGGCAGCAGCUAGACCUGUGGUACGUGAUCUUGAACGGCUCCGUGGAGAUCAGCCAUGGCGAUGGACGGGUGGAGGUGCUCUGCAUGGGCAACAGCUUUGGAACCUCAUCGUCCCUGGACAAGCAGUACAUGAACGGGGUGGUGCGGACCAAGGUGGACGACUGCCAGUUUGUGGUCAUCACCCAGGAGGUCUACUGGCGCAUCCUGAACCACGUGGAGAGGAACACGCAGAAGGUGGAGGAGGAGGGUCAGAUCGUCAUGGUGAAGGAGCACCGCGAGCUGGACCGCAGCGGCACCGUCAAGGGCCACAUCGUCAUCAAGGGAACUCCAGAGCGACUGAUCAUGCACCUGGUGGAGGAGCAUUCGGUGGUGGAUCCCACAUACGUCGAGGAUUUCCUCUUGACUUACCGCACUUUCCUCUCCUGUCCUAUGGAGGUGGGCAGGAGGCUGCUGCAAUGGUUCAAAGUAGACAGUCUGCGAGACAAGGUGACACGUGUCGUGCUGCUGUGGGUGAACAAUCAUUUCAAUGAUUUCGAAGGUCAUUCCGAAAUGACGCUGUUUCUUGAGGACUUUGAAAAACACCUUGAAGCCACAAAAAUGAAGGGCCACCUGAGACUGCUGAACAUCGCCUGUGCUGCCAAGGCCAGAUGGAGGCAGAUCACGCUGCUGAAAGCCUCCAGGGAGGCACCACUCUGCUUCAGCCUGCAGGGCGGCAGCGAAAAGGGUUUCGGCAUCUUUGUGGAAGCCGUGGACGAGGGUAGUAAGGCUGCCGAAAGCGGGCUCAAGCGUGGAGACCAGAUAAUGGAAAUUAAUGGGCAGAAUCUCGAGAACAUCGCCUACACGAAAGCUGUGGACAUCCUGAGGAACAACACACACCUCUCCCUCACAGUGAAAACCAACAUAUUUGUGUUUAAAGAAUUGCUGAGCAGGAUAAAGCAGGGCAAGAGGGACGACUGCCCACACACACCUAAGAUCCACGAAAGGAAAGGAAACCGCUACUCUAUCCCGACUCUCCCCGGCGAGGUGGAGCACAUGUGUCACCCGGAGAGCGAGAGUAAGAAGACCAAAGGCAGCAGCAGCGGAUCUGGCGGGAAAAAUAAGAUCAGGAAGAUCCUGGACAAAACGCGCUUUAGUCUGCUGCCUCCGAAACCUCUCAGCGACAGCAGCCUAGGCCUCUCCCAGGACGACAGCAUCGUUGGCACCAAGCAGUGCCGGCACAGUGUGGCUGUCAUGCCCGCGCCCAGUGCCCUCUCCUCCAGCAGUCCUGACCUCCUCCAGCCUGCAGCUGCUAUGCUGGAGCUCACAAGCCCUGCAGCUACGGGGUUCUUCUACAAUCCGGAUCAGGUGAUCCGUGUUUUCAAGGCUGAUCAACAGAGCUGCUACGUUUUGAUCAGCAAAGACACGACAGCCAAGGACGUUGUGGCUCAUGUGGUCAGCGAGUUCGGCCUGGGGGGCCCUGCUGAGACCUACUCGCUCUGCGAGGUGUCCGUCAGCCCCGAGGGCGUCAUCAAACAGCGAAGGCUGCCUGACCAACUGUCCAAACUGGCCGAUCGCAUUCAGCUCAACGGCAGGUACUACCUGAAGAACAAUACGGAGACGGAGACUUUGUGCUCCUACGACGAUGCCCAGGAGCUGCUGAAGGAGAGCCAGAUGAACCUGCUGCAGCUCAACACCAUGGAGGUGGCCGCCCAGCUCUCCGUGCGCGACUUUGAGCUCUUCCGCAGCAUCGAGUCCACCGAGUAUGUGGACGACCUCUUCAAGCUGGAACCCGCUGCGGGAGAGACUCACCUGAAGCAGUUUGAGGAGCUCAUCAACCAGGAGACCUUCUGGGUAGCUACAGAAAUACUCAAGGAACCCAACACACUUAAGAGAAUGAAGACCAUCAAGCACUUUAUCAAGAUAGCCCUUCACUGUCGCGAGUGCAAAAAUUUCAACUCCAUGUUCGCCAUUAUCAGUGGGCUAAACCUGGCUCCAGUGGCUCGUCUGAGAAGCACCUGGGAGAAACUGCCAAACAAGUAUGAGAAAUUAUUUAGGGAUCUGCAGGACCUGUUUGACCCGUCUAGAAACAUGGCCAAGUACAGAAAUGUGCUGAGUGCCCCAAACAUCCAGCCCCCCAUCAUUCCUCUCUUCCCAGUGCUAAAGAAGGAUCUUACAUUCCUGCAUGAGGGGAACGACAACAAUGUGGAGGGUCUUGUGAAUUUUGAAAAGCUGCGGAUGAUUGCACAGGAGAUACGCAACGUUAUGCGUGUGACCUCCACAAACGUAGACCCCAACCUCAUGUUCCGACAGAGGAAAAAAAGAUGGAAAAGCCUGGGUUCCCUCAGUCAGGGAACCCCCAAUUCCAAUUUACUGGAUAUCCAGUGCGGUGCCAACAAGAAGCGUGUGCGUCGCAGCUCCCUGCUUAAUGCCAAGAAGCUGUACGAGGACGCGCAGAUGGCCCGCAAGGUGAAGCAGUACCUGUCCGACCUGCAGGUGGAGACUGACGAGGAGAGGUUCCAGGUCAUGUCCCUGCAGUGUGAGCCAGCGUACGGCGCCUCUUCCAAAGGCUUAAGCGAGAGGAGGUCCAUUAAGUCAGACACGUCCCCCGUGUCGCACCGCUCGGCGCUGCCGUCCAGCAAGUCCCCGCAGCAGCGUGUGAGCCAGGUGCUGCUGGCGCCCCCUGUCAGCCUCUACGCGCUUCGCAAGAAGGCGGCCGCCAAGGACCCCACUCCCCACAGCCCCAGUCCACCCCAUAUGAUUAAAAGGCCCUUUGGGUCUGGCGAGGACAAGGUGCCCGAGGACAGCAGCCCCUCGGGGUCCCCACACGGCUCUCCCCAGAAAGGGACCUGCGUGCCAAAGUCUCACAACUCCAGUCCUGUGCAUCUAUCAGGAUCCUCGUCAUCACCGGCCAGUGACACCAGCCUCAAGGUCAUCAGCGCCCACCUAGACUCAUUGUCGUCAGCAGAAGAGUACUUUCCUGCCACAGCGGCAGAGAAGAGGGACAGCACCCCUACUGAUGUCAAAAGCAGCCAGCCCUGCAGCAGAGUGACCGUCACGAGAGCCUCCACACUCCCAUGCUCCAGCAUUGAGAGGCAGCACACACAGGAUCACACUGCCAUCUGCUGUCUGGAGGCCGGAGGCGCGGGCAGUCUGCCCUUCUGUUCCAGUAGCUCCCACCACAACUUCCAGGGUGCCGCUGGAUCAGCCAUUCGGGUCACCCAGCAGCCUGGGGGAGCCUCCCUAGGGAUGAGGGCAGGUGACAGUGGCCAAAGACCGCCUCAGGACUGGUGGGAAAAUAAGCAGUACAGCCAGAGAGUGCCACCAAGCCCCGUCUCUGAUCCCCUGGAUUUUAGCAACCCCAGUGUCAGGGCUAUAGAGGGCACCGUGCGUGCUGCCCCCCCGCGUAGAGCACAGAGCACAGAUUCACCAUACAAAACUGUGGCCACCAGCACAGACCAAGGACUCAUAGUGUACUGCGUGACCUCAGGAGCCAAGUAUGACAAGUACAGAGGUCCCCCUCCGACCCCUCCUGGUUACCAGGGGAUUUCCCUGGGCGACAUGCAGGAGGAUGGCCAUAGACACCCCCACACCAGACCUCCUGACUACAGUGUGGCCCUACAAAGAUCACGGCUGCUUCAGAGCCCUGGGGGCUACGAGGCGCAGCCUGGUGCAACGGGGCAGCUGAAGAGACUGGUGCAGGGGUAUCGGGACCCCGAAGCUGGCCUGAGCGACGAGGACCUGCGGCCCAAGCGCCCUGAAGCCGACGCACAGGUUUCAGCUGUCUAGCUGCCACAUCUGGCCUGAGUCGUCCGGAGCUGCACUUCAGCACGGUGGGUGAGACCCUGGAUUAUAACCCGUAAAGAAUCUUGCUGCUGACCCUCCUCCAUAAACAGCUGCAUUCUCAGAGACGGGACAGCGGGGGAUUCCGUGCACGUCCCAAACAGCCACAACUCACAGUAAUGCUUGGUUAUUAUCUUACACUUGAAGGACCAGUUGUCAGACUAUAAUACUUUGUUGUGACUUGAAUUUGGUUGUGUCCAAUCCAAUUUAAUAUUUUGUUUGUUUAACAGAUUAUUUGUUUUGUUGCCAUUGUACUUUUUAAAAAUAAGUUCCUUCAGACAAGGUUAUUAUUUAUUAAUUUACCUGACUAUUCUAACCAGACGGAUGUACAAGUGAUAGAGGUAACACAGUAACAGGUCAUCCAGUGCAGUAGGUAUUACACUGUGUGUGUUUUAUAGGCUUUCAGUAUGAAUGUGUGUAAAAUAGCAUUUUCAGAAGAAUGCUUCAGUAUAUUUAGGUGCUUGUAUCAUAAAUUCAACACUUGCAUUUACACAGGACAUACAGGCUGUAUUCUGUAAAGUACGUUACUUUGGUGAACUUUCUCAUUUUUGAAAUACGACAACAUGUUCUGUGCAAAGUGGAAUCACAACAAAUACAUUUAAUCUUAACCAUUUCUAAGGCUAGUCACUGGGACUAAUCUGAUAACAGUGUGGUGUUUCAACAAUGAUAUUUAGUCAGAGGUAAGUUGUUUGUGAUAUUUUCAAUAAAGGAGAAACAACACAGCAGGAUAAUUCCAUGGACUACUGAACAAAUUCCACUCUUUAUUUAAUAUAUGAAAUAUUUUGCAUUUCCUUCAAUGUUGCCAUCGAUGAAAUAAAUGUUAUUCUGGAUGGUGAUUUUAAUUGUAUGUACAAUGCAACAGCAAAUGCAAUUGCACGGCUCAUUCUCAGUGUCUCUGUUAAAUGAUACUGCACACCCUUACAGCCACAAACACAAACUCCUGAGCUCAAAACAACAGCCUUUUUUCUGUUAGUGAGUAUACAAGCUUGAGUAUGCUAAGUAGCAUCAGUCAAAAAACUGUUGUUCUGCAUAUUCCACAUGAAAACGAUUCAUGCGCGCAGUUACAUUAACAGCUCGUGAGGUUGUAUGAACAUUUGUAUGAGAGGUAGCUCCAGUUCUUUAAUGAAAUAGUUCCACUGACAAAGGGUCAUCGUAGGGACCCUUUUAGCAAGACGGCGUCAGUCACCUCAUUGCUAAGCCUCUCCAUCCUCACAUAUUCUUCUCCUUCAUGUUUUUACAUCUAUAAAAAUGUACAUUUAUCAGAGCCAUGUAAAUAGAAUCCAGACCAAACCACCCCUUUUCUGAUGACGAUGACAGUGAUGGUGGAUUUUAUUGUCUGUUUCAUCUGCAUGACCUCGCUAAGGCUGUUAUUCAGGCAGGCUGAUCAUAUUGAUCGAAUGUGUCAAUAGCAAACUCUUAUUUAUUCUCCAGGUAAGCUGAAGAAGUAUGAAACCUUGAGUGUGACAAAUAUAUCAUGUUGUGAAUGAAAGUGACUGAGAAAACUGAACGAAACCUUCAGUUUUUUGGUGUUUUCCUGCAGCUGAAUAUGGGAUGUUGUUAUAUCUGCAUUUUGAGUUACAUUUAAACUUCACUUCUUGCUGACUGAACAUAUGAUCUGCUACAUUAUAUGGAAUGCAAUAAGUGAAAUGUGAAAUUAAUAUACAUAAAGAUAUAUUCAUAAGGCAGAAUUGCACAAUUAUAAGCAAAGAGUAGCAAUUACACUGCACAAGUAACAAUUAAGUUUGCUAUUAAGUCUUAUUUUUGUCUCCCUUUUGAUAGUUGUUGUAACUUAUGUCUUUUAGAAAGACAACGCUUUGCUUGUGUACUAUUUUGUAUUUUUACCAUCAAGUGUAUAUAUUUGUUAUAUUUUGAUUUAAAAGUAUGUUUUUAAAAGUACCGCUUACUUCUCUGAUUCCACUGAUAAAAAUUUGAAUAAAAAUAAAACUGUUAAAUGGU